AUGGCCGCUCCCGCUGAAUACACGAUUGCGAACUUGAACGGUCAAUGGGUUCUGAACAAGGCCCUCUCCGACGAGACCGAGCCCGUCCUCUCUCUCCAGGGCGUCGGCUGGCUCAUGCGCAAGGCCAUCGGCCUUGCGACCAUCACUCUCUCCAUCUCCGAGAAGGUCGAGAACGGCGUCACCGUCAUCGACAUUGAGUCGACCGGCACCGGCGGCAUCCAAGGCACCGCCGAGCACCGCGUGCUGGACUGGAUCGAACACGCGCACGAGGACCACGUCUUCGGCUCGCUGACGAGCCAGACCAAGUGGCUCGACAACAAGGGCGCUGACUGGGAUGCCCUGGACUCGUUCCAGAAGGAGGGAUGGCUCGAUGAGAGGGUUGGCCCCAAUGGCGAGCCGCACGUCGUGACUACUGCCGUCAACAAGUCGAAUGGCUGGACUGCUACCCAGGUCUGGGGGUUCACGGAGCUCAAUGGCGUCAGGUACUACACCAGGAAGGUGGUCAUCACCAAGGGGAGCGAGGUGUUGAAGAUCAGGAUCUUCUACGACUUUGUUGGACCAAAGGCCUAG